AUGGUUGCCAAGACGGCCAGGAAAAACGUCGUAAGCCACGGGGGAAAGUAUCGUACCGGGCAGAAGCUGCCGGCGAAUGCGAGUAGCGUGAAGAGGAGCAAGCCAGGAAUAGCGGUACGGCCGAGGCGGUUCAGUUUGCUAUACUCAUCGGACUCGUCUUUGAGUGAUGUUUCUGAUCUCGGCGAUAACAGGUCUAGGAAUGAGAAGUCACCUACGAAACGAAAGAUGGAGAAGGUGAGGAGUAUAUCUAAUAAUGCGACGGGGAAAAGAAGUAAACUGAUACAGGAUAGCACGGAGGAUUCUUCUGACGGUCAAGCUGUCGAGAGUGAUAGCGAGGAGGAGGAGGAUGGAGACGAUAGUAGCGAUGACGACGAUGAGAGUGAUAGCGACGGGAGUGAGAGUGAUACCAGUUCGGAUGAUGAGAGUAUUGAUUUUGUCAAGUUGACUGCUCAGCGAAAGAAAAGAGCGAUGAAGGCGCUAUCUGCGUUGAAGAAGAACAAAUCGCCGACAAAAUCGCCAGCAAAAUCGCCAGCAAAAUCGCCCGUGAAAGCGACAAGCGGGCAGCGUAGGAGGUCGUCGCAGUUGAGGGACAGCAAGACCCAGGAGAGACAGCACAAUAGGAAGCCUGAAGGGGAUUCUGACAGCUCAUCUAAUGAGAAGGCAUUGGCAUUCAACUUCAAGAAGGAUGACGACGGCAUAAGAUAUGCAGAAGCGACGCAACAGAGCGAGGAGGAUAUCGGAGAAGAAGUGAAGGACUCUAACGGGCCAGCGCCAGAUCUGCCGUUCGAUGACAAUUUGAACCAGUUGCAUGUCCCUGAAUUCUCGGUCUCCGAAGAAUCGGAGUAUGACAUCGAUCAGGAUGCGUAUUUCAAUGUGAUUGACGACGAAUCAAUGGGAGAGAUGGACACAGGCUUGGACACUGGCGAGGAUGAAAUGCCUAUUCUGCAUGAGGAGGAGAAAAUUUUGAUGGCUGAGUUGCAAAAUGCGGAUGAUUUAUCCCUUGAUGGCAGCAUUCACGAGGAUGGGUCUGAUCCAGAUGAAAAGCUUCGGUCGCCAUUUGUUGAAGGUAAGCCUGAAGUGGCUGACGAGGAAGAUAGUGAUGACGAUGAUGAAAUAAUGACGGUAUUUGAUAUGCCUUUCUAUGAGGACCCUAAGUUUGCAAGCCUAUACUACUGUGAAGAUGGUGAUGAACCUCGUCUAAGCCUGAGUACCUCUCUUCCCUUGCUGGUGAGUGGUGAGAAGUUGAAAAGAAUGAAAAAGAGAAAAGCCUUGAAACUGGCACGUCAGGAACGUAUACAAAGAAGAAAGCUUUUGAAAGAGAAAAGCAAGGCUAACGGCAUCAAGACUUCACAGAUCGAUGGAGACGAGUACAUAUUUGGUGUUUUCUUCCAAAGCGAUAAUGAAAAUGGUGACGAAGCCACUAAGCGACAUUCAACUUUGCGAGGAAAUCUGGAUUUGGAAUCACCACUGCGCCGUUUGGGCUCGGCAGCUGCCUCCGAUGCUAGUUCAGAUGAUGAAUACGACAAUAUUCUGCUAGAUGUUGCCCACAUGCCAUCGGAUGAUGAAGUGAGAGGAAACGGUCAUGAUAGCCCGAAACUGAGGCAAACAGAUCAAGAUUCUUCUAGCUCCAUGUCCGAUUCUUCAGCCAUAGACCUUGAUGAUGAAAGUGACCUUAUAGAUUAUGAUAGAUCCGAUGAUGAUGACUAUCUGAGUGACACAAAUGUUUUUAUCGACAUUGAUGACCUGGACCCCGAUUCAUUUUACUUCCAGGAUCGCGAUGACGAGAAUAUGAGCUCCUUUUCUGAGAUUAUGACGGAUGAAACAGAUAUCAGCCACGAAGAGAAUUCGAAGGAAGAGGCGUUGGAAACAGUCAAGUAUUUCGACGAUGAAUCGACCGAUGAGGACGAUAACUUGCCUCCACCAAAUUCAAGAAGCAAGAUGAUCGGUUCUAAAGCCAAAGAAAUAGUCAGUGCUAACAUUGUGGGACUGAAACCUCCCAAACUCGGAACGUGGGAGACGGACAGUAAACCAUUUACCAUCAUCGACGGUCUCUCAACGAAAUCGUUAUACCCCCUGAUACAGGAGCAUCAACAGUUUAUCGAGCAGCAACAGAGGGCACACUCGCAAUCGCCUGAUCUUCGCUCUGGAUAUGAGUUAAGUUCCGCCAAUGGGGAUGAACUUACUCUAAAUGAGCUGCUGAAUAUGAGCGAGCUGGAAGAUGAAGAUCACAGCACGCCAUCAUUUAUGCAAGCAGUUUCCAAUUGGUAUGAGAAACCAAAGGUUCCCCUUUCUGCUUUUAGAAAUAAAGGUAUUAAUGAGCAUGAAGACGAUGAGUACAUGCUUCCUGUCAAUUCAACCAGAAAAGUGCCAAUUGGUUACAUCGGAAGCGAGAGGACAAGGAGGAAGAUUGACAGAAUGAAGGAGCUGCAAAGGAAGAAAACAGAGAAGAGAAGAAGGACCAAGAAGAAGAAGAAGUUGUUGAAGCUGAAACGGAGACAAGAACGACUGGAAAAAGAAAGGCAUAGACAAGGCGAGCAGACGAUACAGGCCGCAAAUACCAAUUUGACUCUCGGGACACCAGACUUGAACCAGCAAACAGAUCCAGAGUCUGCAGCCCCCCUGCCCAGGUCCAGAAAGAGUUCUGUUAAGAGUGUCGGUCUCGAGGAAAUACACGAAAUACUCGGAAAGGAUAAUAGCGAUCUACUGGAUGGCGGCGAUCCCGAUUGUGCUCUCAUCGAUGGAGAGCAUGAGAUUGAUCUAGCAGAUGCCGAUAUAUUGGCAUCGUUAACGGCUCCCAUUCAGCUGGAUAGCAUUGGCGGCGCUCCAUCCUGGAGACGGAGACAAAGCAUGGCGGAAGCGGCUGCUGAGAACCUUCGCUUUACGAAGAACGGAUUAUUUAGCGAAAGUGCCUUAGCCGAUAUUGAAGACAUAAUAGGCACUGGAGUGUCAUCUGGGGCGUUCGAAUUCAGUGCAUCAUUGCAAUAA